UGUGGCUGUGAUGACGUCAUGAACUGUGAUGCUGCGAACGGUUGCAGUUGUUGAAUGAGAACGAAUGUUUUGCUUUUUGUUUUUACUACUUGUAACAGUCGUAGUAGUGGAAAGAACCGUACUACUGACGAAUCGAUCUCUCUCAUCAUGGUGCUACUGGUCUUGGAGCUGCUGCUGCUGCUAGUGUUGGUGGUAGUGACAGUGGUGAUGCGGGUUGGGGCGUUAGCAUUGCUGAAGCUGAUGAACAUAUUGAUACUGCUGAUGUUGAGUGUGGUGGCGGAAGGAAGGAAGAAUAUGUUGCUGAUUUUCAAGAAAUAUUGAAGAAACUGCUAAGAAGUGUCAAUAUAAAAGUAGCAGAGGUAGAUUAUAUAUCAAUAGCUCCAAAGUAUUGAACAACUAUAAUACAAACAACACAAACAAGAACUUUAGUCAUAAAUGAAAUCAAGGAUUUUUUCCAGUCUCACUUGAAAAUUUAACAAAACAAAACCUAAAAAAAGUGAUGGGCAAACUCAAGGAAUACACAAAAAUACGAGAAUUCCUAAUAAUGCCUUGAUUUGAAUUUUUGUAUAGAAUUUGUUCACCAAUAAUUUCGAUAUCUAAAAGGAGAAACGAGGAAGAAUUUAAAAUCUUUUUUCUUUUUUUAUAUUCACAGCAUUUUACGGAAUGGAAAACUUUAAAGCUUUGAAACUUUGAUAAUUUCAAGUAAAAAAAAUAUUAUGAAUUCCAAAACAUAACUUUCUGAUUAAUGUUUGCAUACACUUGUGUCUUUCAUUCAAUGUUGCAGUAAAAAGAAAAAGAGUUAACGCAUAGCCUGAAAGUUUGUACCUGAAGUAAAAAACAAAAAACAAACAAACAAAAAAAACACACACAAAAAACCCCCCAAAACAAAACAAGAAGCUAUUUCACUCGGAAACUUGAUAACUUUGAUAAUAGCGACGGAAAUGUGUAUGGAACAAUAACUAUUGCUUGUUUUGAAAGUAUGCUAGAUUCUCUUGUGUAUAUGUGUAUAUGUAUAUAUGUAUAUAUGUAAUAUGACGAGUUAUAUAUGUUCUAAAACUAGUUAAAAUUGAUUCCACGUCGUGUAUUAACAUUGACAUGACAGUGUUGAGACUAACUGGUUUCACUACUAGUCUCUUAUACAACAUAGACAUAUGCAAAUAUACACUCCUUCAGCGAAUUCUAUCUGAAUUAUGCGAAAAAAGUUGUUUUAAUUUUCACGGGAAAAGAAGCCGAGCGGUUGGAUUUUAAUGAAUAGCAUCGUUACCAAAUGGUUUAUUAUGGAAUUGACCUUAUGUUACCUCAAAAGUUGUUAUGCCUCCAAAAAGUUUGUUCAUGUUAUUUUAACCAAAAUGCUGGAGCUACCGAACAUAUUAAAUCGCCAAAAUACAUGUUGUGUUACUGUUUGGAGAACAAAACAACCAACGAAAGCUUUGCAAUAUAGAGGAUUUAAAAAUAUAAAUCAAAGCAAAUGAUAUUCAAAUGCUUUUGUUUUUCUUUAAAUGAUUAUUUUAAUUAAUGUUACCUCUUUUUGUAUGAGGGUAACUCUUUAUCAAAAUAACUAUACAACCUGUCCUCUAAAUUGGGGGGCAAAUGGGUCUUUUAGUUAUCUCAUUUACAUUCUUCAAGUUAAGGCAGCAUUGAAACAAUCCAAUUUCUCAAGUUAGAAAAUGAUUGUCAGGUUACAGGGUUCUACUUAGCAAUCAAUGCUAAUUCUAAACAGCGAGUUAAUCCAGAACAAAAAAGAAGUUAACCACUAAACCUUUCUUACCAUAUUCCAUAUUUCUUCACAUAUUUUAACAUGAUUUUGGAGUUUAGAGGUCUGUGUUGACUUUAGAUUUGUACUCGUCUCACUCUUAAUGUUUUGAUGUACUCCCCUUUCAUAUCCAUCUAAUGGUAGCUUUCUUUCUCCCACAAAAUUUUAAAAUUACAAUAAUUAAUAUUUAAGGACGCUGAAUCAAUUAUAAACAAUCAGACAUCAAAUUGUUACUAUACCUCAUCGAUUAUUUCUUCCUUGUAUACCUUUAAUAAAUAGCAUAAAGUUAAUUAUGAAGACCCUCAACCCCCAAACAAAUUCAUUAGUUAAAAAUUAAAUGUAAACGUUUCGUGUUAUAAUUUGACACUUUUUUUUUUUUUAGAUAUUAAUUGUACGAUUCUUUAUUUAAAAGUUGACAGGAUGAAAUUGGGAGCCAUCAGAGUUUGAUAAUUGAAAAAAAAGCAUGGUACAAGAAAAAUGAUUUUUAUAGAAAUCAAUAUGAGUUUUAUUAAUACAAGUUGGGUUUCUUGCAACGAGAGCGGGAAAAUACAAUCUUCAUGCGAAGAAAGUUAUGAGAACCAUAUGUAUAGAAACUUUUAUGAUGUUACUCAAAUGAUAACCGGACUGGUACUCUAUCCGAGCACGUGUGCUCUCGGUCUAAUUGGAAAUAUUUUAUGUUUAAUUGUUUUCAGCUUAAAAACCAUGAGGACGUCGACUAACAUCUACCUACAAGCACUUGCCGUAGCUGAUACAAUUAAGCUUGUAACGGAUUUUCUUUACUUCGUUGUCGUCCUUCUCCUUCGAACUGACAAAAGGCAAGGGAUUAAAUUGCAUGGAUGUCUGUAUCCUUAUGCUCAUUACUUGUUCAAUAUGUCUUUGUGCAUAUCAGCUUGGCUGACUGUUGGUGUUUCGGUCGAAAGAUUUAUUUUUAUAUGUCAACCGUUCAGAGUAAAACGUUUUUGUACUGUUCGGCGCGCUAUCAAAGUCAGUACAGUUACAUUCAUCCUAGGAACUCUUAUUUCACUGCCCUACAUGCUUCGCUAUCGCACUAAAUCAGAAAUUGUUAACGGAACGGUUCAAGUGUCAGGUAUCAGUGUCACAGCACUUUGGAGCGAGAAGCAAUUUGCUACCAUAUUCACUUGGGCACAUGCACUCUUAAGGUCUGCCAUUCCUCUUGUAUUGUUGGUUGGCCUUAAUCUUUUAAUUUGGAAAGGCUUGAAAAGACCAAGUACAAUCAAGAAAAGUGCUCGCUUGAAAUAUAAAGCUACACUGACUUUAAUAUAUGUAGUUGCUGUUUUCUGUAUUUGUGUUACGCCUGAUGCUAUUCUUAGUACAGUGUUAGGUCUAGGUUAUUACGAAGAGAAUUAUCUUGCUCGCGGAGUACGCGAAAUUACGGAUUACCUUCUCCAAGUUAAUUCUGCCGUCAACUUUGUUAUAUAUUAUUUUUCAUGUACAGCCUUUCGUAAUUCCAUCAAUUCCAUAUUGAUGUGUUCCUACUUUUAUAAUCCUGUCAGACAACUAUCGAUAAUGAAUGAGGACUCUUAAAAAAAAGUAUGAAAAAAUCCACAUCGCAAAUCUUGUACGAAAUAAUCGUUCAGUUGAAGAUUUCAUCAAAAGGCACAAGGCCCGAAUUUUGGGGAAUGGGCAUAAUCAGUGAAAUCGACUUCAGAACUUGAGUGGUACUUAAUUGAUCGACCCCGGAAUGACUAAAGACAAUGUCGAAUUCAGCAGAAUUUGAACUCAGAACGUAAAGCCGGAAGAAAUGCUGUUUUGUCUCGAGGAGUAAAAAGCAAACUGAGAUAUUAGAGAAUUAUAAUAUGCAGCAUUUAUGAUUCCUCUUCCUUUACGUGAAUGCUACAAAGUCACAAGGAGAGAUUGUAUGCUUGAGAAAGAUACCUCAGUGGAGUAUCGCUCAAUAGCAAUGCUUCAACAAUUACCAAGAUUCAAAACGUCUACCAAGCAGAAAAAAGGAUUCAGUGUGAAAAUUCAAAAUUCAAUAGAAAAACACGAUGUCAAAGACAAUUCAUAUCUCUUCCAUUUCGAAUUAUUCUAGAUUUCAUUGAUCUCAUGGGAGAUGCUGGAAAGAACUAGACGAGAAGAAAGAAAGAAACAAACAAACAAUUCAGACCUCAAUGCAUAACAAGAAAAUUAUUAUGAAAGUCGAUAUCGGGAAGAUAAGCAUCUAGACUAAAAGUGUAAUUUCAUGAUAGCGACACGAAAUAGGGUCAUGUAUGUUAAGCGAGGGGACUGUUAUAAGGACAUGGAAUUGCCAUUUUUUCUGAAAGGCAACAUUUUUUUUUUUAAUGCUGACAACACAAAAAUCCAAUGUUUUUUUUUCUUAUAGAUAACUGCCAUAACGAUUUAUCGAAUCCAUUACACAGAAAAAAUUGCUUUUACUAUUUUUAUUCUCUUGGUUGUAUCAAGUAAACAUGAACCGGUUACUACAUGAAAUAGGUACCACGUUAUCUAUAAUAAAGCAAAAAUCCUUAAUGAUUAAAGACAAAAUAAUAUCAAAACAUUUCCUUA